AUGGCUGACCGUCUCAAGUCCAUUGUCAACCAACUGACGCCCUCAACCGGCGGUCUGGCGGCACUCACCACCAAGAACCCCGACGACAUUGUCAUCACCCUCGCCAUCCGCACACCUCUCACAAAGGCCCACAAGGGUGGUUUCAAGGAUACCACACUCGAUGGCCUCCUCGUCAAGACAUUGAAGCAGGUCGUUGCAAAGGCCAACCUCGAUCCCGCCCUUGUAGAAGACAUUUGCCUGGGCAACGUCUCCGAUGCAAAGGCUGCCUACUACAUCCGCGCCGCCAUGCUCGCUGCGGGUUUCCCCAACACCACAUCUGGAUCAUCCCUCAACCGUUUCUGCUCGUCAGGUCUUAAGGCAGUGCAGGACAUUGCCAACCAGAUCGCCGUCGGCAGCAUCGAGAUUGGUCUGGCCGUUGGCGCCGAGAGUAUGACCGUGGGUGGAGACAGGCUCGAGAGGCCCUUCGUCGCCGAGGUCCUUGAGAACCAAGAGGCAUCCGACUGCAUGCAGCCCAUGGGCCAGACAUCAGAGAACGUCGGCAACGACUUCAACAUCUCGCGUGAGCGCCAGGACAGGUUCGCCGCAGAGUCAUACCGAAGGGCCGAGGCUGCUCAGAAGGCUGGCUGGUUCGACGACGAGAUUGUGCCCAUCACCACUGUCGUCAAGGACCCCAAAACUGGCGAGGAGAAGACUGUUGUUCUCACAAAGGACGAGGGUAUCCGACCUGGCACCACCUUCGAGAGCCUGCAGAAGGUCAAGCCCGCUUUCCUGCCCCACGGCGACAAGUCACACGCUGGAAACUCUUCCCAACUUACCGACGGAUGCGCCGCCAUCCUCCUCAUGAAGCGCUCCACCGCCGAGAGGCUCGGCCAGCCCAUCAUGGCCAAGUACAUCGGCGCCACCGUCGCCGGUCUCGCCCCAAGAAUCAUGGGUAUCGGCCCAUCCGUCGCCAUCCCCAAGCUCCUCACCAAGUUCAACAUUGCCCUCGACGACGUCGACCUCAUCGAGAUCAACGAGGCUUUCGCAUCCAUGGCCGUAUACUGCCUCGAAACCCUCAAGAUCGACCACUCCAAGCUCAACGUCCGCGGUGGUGCCAUCGCCCUUGGUCACCCUCUUGGAUGCACGGGUGCCCGACAAAUCGUCACUGGUCUCAGCGAGUGCAGGAGGCAAAAGAAGAAGGUUCUUCUCACCAGUAUGUGCAUUGGUACUGGUAUGGGAAUGGCUGGUCUUUUCAUCAACGAGCAGAAUGUGUAA